AUGUGGAAUUUAUUGUCAGCAGUCAACAAAAAAAUAAAAUCAUGGACAAUAUCACAGGAAGGUGGUAACUGCAAGGUUGAGCAGGAGUUGUUAAUGGAUUUGUCCGAUAAUGCCUUGUUUGUCAAGGUUUCGUAUUUAGAGCGUGAGAAAUCACUAAAGGAAUUUAUAAUUCUCUCAACAUCUAUCUUGUUUGAAUCAUUUACUUUGUUUAGAAGCUCACGAAAAACAUUGAUUAUUUCUAUACGAGUCUUGGAAAAUGCGAUGUUGACAUCUUCAAAAGCUAGAGAUUGUAUUACUGGAUCUUCAUACACUAAAUCUUUUCCUAAAUUCCCACCUCUUAUUAAGGCCCCUUUGGCUCUGUUAAUUGGUGUAGAAAGAAAUCGCAGGAAAUUUGUGAAAAUUUGUGCCUCGAAAACAUGGUCAGCUUGA